AUGCGGAAGAGAACAAGGACCAAUCUUCACCAUAAAAAUCAAUCAUCAUAUCAACUUGAAAAAUUGCAUAAAAAAAUAUCACUUACAAACAGUUCUUUUGUACAUUUUCAAGACGAACCUUAUGAUUAUGACGCCACAUUGGCUCACUCAAGUAAUGACGAUAAAGGCAAAUCAAGCCUAGAGCCUCUUAAAAUAACUCAUAAAAGUCUAGAAGAGAAACCGAAAAUAAAUCGUGCAAUUAUUCUUGAAUCAUUAAAUCAUAAAGAAAGCUUGAAAAAAAUAAGCACACUUAAAAAAGCAGAUACAUUAAACGAAAAUCCAAUAUUUUCCAAAAAUCUUCAGAAAACUUAUACAAUUUCAGCUUAUAAGCUGCGGCAAAAGCCAUCUCAAGCCGACGAGGAGUGAUUAAUUGAUCUUUCGCAGCUUGAAUUUGAGUUAUCAAAUGAUCUAAAUAAUUUAUCGGAGAGUGAAGAUGAUUAUUAUUGUAAAUAUCACAAUGUUUAUAAAACAAUUUUCGAAAAGCUCAUAAGCAUUGAUAAAAAUUUUGGAGAUUUGUUAAAAAAAAUCUUGCAAGGAUAUGAAGAUUUUUUCCUCCAUCAUCAAAAUUUGAUUGAUAAGGUACUUAAACAGUGUGAGGAAAAACUGAACGCAGAAAUCGCAGAAAAUAAGAGGCUCCAAAAAGAAGUGGAUGCUAUAAGAGCUGAUAAUAGAAAUCUGUUAAAAGCUUUGUCGCUGAGAAAUGAAGAAUUUUCUGCUUUUAUAAGCAGAAAUAAAAAUUUAACAGCUGAUGAAAUUGAGAAAAUAAUGGACGAGCAUAAAACUAUGACUUCUUCCUUGAAUCUUGCACAAAACGAGAUCAGGUUUUUGAAGCUAAAAGAAACCAAGUAUCAGAAACUCCUUCAAGCUGCAGAGCUUCUAGGGUUUUCUUGAAGCGAAAACCAUAAAGAACUCAUAAAUGAUCUGAGUACGUACUCAGACAUUGAUUUACAACAGCUGAUUUCCAGGUCCUCAAGCAAUAUUUUGCAAUUGCCUCAAUCUCAUGAGCUGAGUUUAAGUGGCUCAAGUCCAUGUGGGCGCAAUGUUUCUUUUGAUAUUUCACCUAUUCCUCCAGAUUCUUCCUCAAAGCUUUCUGAUCCGUGACUUAUAAAAUAUGUUUAA